CAUGUGUCGGACUCUAGAGGAGUCCGUGCUUCAACGGUCAUGAACCUCAAGGUACGUCACUGUAAUGCCCCCCACUGCUUUAACUCGAGUCCGUUUUUUUUCACACAAAUGCAGAACCUAAGUACAGCGUGUGCGUACAUUUGCCAUCUCGAAUUGUUGCUGUUAAUAAAAGGGAGCCUGCGCGUAGCAGUCAGCUGCUGCCGAACCAUUCAAACCGCGGAAGGUGACUGUCACUCUCCGUGAAGGGAUCUCCGCUACUGUACUGGCCUGACCCAAUGACGCCAGCGUGCAUUCCCACGUGACGAGCACCCUCGCGAGCCAAUCAACGAGCCCCCAGUCUGUGGGCCGUCCCUCUUUUACAGCUUGUCACCUUGGGCAUCGCUUUUUGCGAGCACGUGACCACAGAAGGCGCUUAGUGGCAUUUAAACAUCACCCAUUGCGCUUUCCGCCACCAAAAUAGACUCACGAAGCCAAACGGAAUCAAACGGCGAACGUCUCUAUGUCGAGUGGACGCUAUUUCCCUUCCUAACGCCGAAUGACGCUCUCCUUCGUAAUUUUUGAAUUUGCGGACUUGAUUUUUUUCCCCCCUCAUUAUUUUUGCCACCUGUAGCUAAGAGUUGGUAUUUUUAAGAAACGCGUUAUGGGAUUAUUGCGCAUCCGUGCGUAAAGGAGCGGAAACGGGGCUAAAUCCCAUUUGAGGGCGCGUAAACCUCCUGGAGUGGAAGCGGCAUGCAGGAUAGAAAGGAAUGUGCACUCACAUAGGAGAGAGGUGAUCCACAAAGAUCGCCAUUUCUCUCGUUUGUCAUAUUUCUGUGGAGGAAGAGGAGGGAAGGGAGGAAGAGGCGGAGGGGGAGAGAGAGCGCGUCGCUGAGCAGCCAUGGGCAAAGAGGAGUGUAAAACUAUGCUGGACGCCCUGAAUAAAGUGACGGCGUGCUACAGGCACCUGGUCGUGGCUCUGGGCAGUACGUCGGACUCGCAGAACUUGCGCGAGGAGCUGAAGCGGACCCGCAAAAAGGCGCAGGAACUCGCCGUGGCCAACCGGACUAAACUGACCUCUCUGCUCAAAGACAAGAGCAUCAGCAAGGAGGACCGCGCCGAGUACGAGCGGCUAUGGGUGCUCUUCUCCAGCAGCAUGGAUCUACUGGAGGUGGACAUGAAGCGCUCGCUGGAGAUAGGCCAGGACUUCCCCCUCAAGGUGCCCACCAGGCACCUGAUCCAGACUGGCAUGACGGGGAGCACCAGCACGGUGGCGGCGCGCGCCAUGAGCGUGCAGAACAUGAAGUACGAGGCAGACAGCAACAUCGACACGGCCGACCUGCGGGACCUGCAGGCCGAGAUCGGCCAGGUGAGUCAGAUGAUGGAGGAGAUGGAAAUGAAGGUGCAGGUGGCGCCGUGGGCCGUGGAAGCCAAGCAGGAGGCAGGCGCAGAGCUCAAGUCCAACAUGAGCGUGGGAAAUUCCUCCGUGGGCAUCAUCUCCAUCUGUGAGGAGGAACCCAAGGACGAGGAAGGCGGGGGUGGCGGGGACGCGGGCUUCGCGUCCAUCUGCGCCGUGGUGGUCUUCUUUGUCAUUGUGACUGUGGCGGUGGUGCUUGGAUAUCUGGUCAUCAACAUGUCCUGAACAACUGCCCGUCCCUGGAGGGGUUGAGUCAGGGUGGGGGAGGGGGGGGUGCCUAAUUGAAAAAAAGUUCAGCCCUAAAGAGCAGUGGUGUAACUGGCACUAAAAAAUGCCACUUAACUACAGUACAGUAACUCUCUUACUGUCGUGGUGUGCUGUUUAAAAAGUUCAGUUCUCAAUGUUAUGAAUAAUUUGUGAUUCAUGUUUAGCUACUUCCACUAUAAGCAAUGUAGGAGAUAAUACAAGGCCGCAGAAAGAGAGAGAGAGAGAGAGAGAGAACUACAACAGGAGAGAAUGGCGGUCAGGCACAUUUGGAAGUAAAGUACUUUUUAGGGUCCGGAGGUUAUUUAUUUUUGGAGAAGGGAAUUUGAAAGAAAAAAAAUAAAAAAACAUGUGUAGUGUAGAGUCGAAGAUAUAUUUAUUGUCCCUGUGGGGCAGUUUUCUUAGCCGCACAAUUGCAAGGAACUUCAUGGCAGGUCAUUAGACAUACCACACAAACUGAAGUCCAUUCAUUAGACACUACCAAAACAUACCUCACACAAUACAGGACACUAUGCACCCUUGGAGAUCUUUUUCAAUUGACUGAAUGCUUUUAAGGCUUGUGGCACAGGAGAGAAUUUGGGUCUGCACUUGGCCAGAGGGGGGUGAUGGCAACAGUAUUCAAAAAACGAUGUCAGAGGGUGUGUAUAACACAUUCGAUGUUAUUUGCCUUUCUCGUCAGUCUGUCUUCAUAAAUGUGUUCAAUGCUGUAAUGGAAGGCAGUAUCUGGCCAUCAGCGACACGUAAUCCAAGUGGAUUAGCGAGAGAGCUCAUGUAGCCUGACUACUAUUCCUCUUUGACGCUAGAUGAUGUUUCACAUUUAGACUUGUUUCAAGCAAAUGCGGCCAUCUGAUCGAGGGAAAAGCACGACAGGCAAAACUUCGCUCUUCAUGGGCUGGAUGUGAUUUAAUGGGCACCAUUCCGUAGUGUAGCUAGUUGGCAUGAAGCCAGAUUGUUGUGCAUCAAAUCACAAUGCUAUGCUAAUGCUAUCAAAUGGUGGGUGGGUGAAAAGGGGUCCUUAACAAGAUGGCCAAAAUUUUUAAGUAACACACCAGUUCACUGUUAAGCUUGUGCUUCUUUUCAGGGUUGAAUGUAUAUACAGUAUUGCAACAUGUGUAUGUAUAUACGGUACAUGAAUAUAUAUGAAUAGAGGUUUUGUACAGUCAUCUGUCAGAUAAUGUACAUACAAUCAGGUAUAUUUAUUAUAAUAAAAACAAUUCAAAAAGCACACUUAGCAGAAGUCCUUGCAUGUAUUCUGUCUUGUGCAAUUCAAUCAUUUGAGAUAAUCAUCUUGGUUUUUAAAAGUGCCAAAUGUCAAGUCUCGACGUUGUAAGUGCUGCAAAGCUGAAGGGAUUUUAAGCAGACGAUUAUUACUUGGGACAUAACCACCUUAAGGUUAAAUGCUGUUCAAUUUUCCAAUGGAGAUGCUUGAUCUGCCUGGCUAAUGGUUUUACUUCUAAGAGUAUUUGUGUAUUCCUAGAAUAGCCCAGGAGAUGUUAAGGCCCUGAGGCUCCAAGGAGGGGUUUGGUGUAAGUAGUGCACUGCGACGCCAAUGAAUUCAAAUCCAACCACUAAAGGCUAGUAGGAAGCUGAAAGUGGAUACGUG